AUGGGCGGCGGAGGAGUUGCUAUCCAUGGCACGACUGAUGUCGGCCGGAUCGAAGCUCCAGUCACACUGAAAGCUUACCUCAUAUGUGCCUUUGCUGCGUUUGGGGGCAUCUUUUUCGGGUAUGACACCGGUUGGAUGUCUGGUGUUCUGGCCAUGCCAUAUUUUAUCACCCAAUACACCGGCCUCCCUAAGCCAGCUGCCAGUGACACAGCUGCUGUAAACGCCUUCCACCUUACGGCUCAGGAUCAGUCUUUGACUACGUCGAUUCUUUCAGCUGGUACAUUUUUCGGUGCUAUCGCGGCUGGAGACAUUGCCGAUUUUAUUGGUCGUCGCGUGACUAUUAUCGUCGGAUGCGGAGUUUUCACAGUUGGAUGUAUCCUCGAGACUGCUUCAACGAGUCUGGGAGUCAUGGUCCCUGGUCGUUUCAUUUCGGCCAUUGGUAUGCUAACUUCAGUAGUCAUAUUAUACAUGUCAGAAAUUGCUCCCCGAAAGGUUCGCGGUGCUCUCGUUUCCGGAUACCAAUUCUGCAUUACAAUCGGUAUUCUUAUCGCCAACGGCGCUGUUUACGGCACGAAGCAGCGAAACGACAGUGGAUCAUACCGUAUUCCCAUCGCCAUCCAAUUCGCUUGGGCUCUUGUCUUAGCUAUUGGUCUAGUGUUCCUUCCCGAAUCACCGCGUUACUUCGUCAAAAAGGGGAGGGUCGAGGAGGCCGCAAAAGCUCUAGCUUCCGUCCGUGGACAGCCAAUAGAUUCCGAAUACAUCCAAGACGAACUAGCAGAAAUUGUUGCGAAUUUUGAGUACGAGCAGUCUGUUAUCCCACAAACAUCAUAUAUCGGAGGCUGGACCAAUUGCUUCUCAGGCUCGCUUUCCGACGGAAGCAGCAACCUUCGAAGGUCAAUUCUCGGUAUCAUGAUGCAAAUGAUGCAACAACUCACUGGUAUCAACUUUAUCUUCUACUUUGGAAAUGUAUUCUUCACCUCCCUUGGAACGAUUCACAAUCCGUUCUUGAUCUCUAUCCUCACCGCACUCGUCAAUACAGUCUGCACUCCAGUUGCGUUCUGGGCCGUUGACAAGAUUGGCCGCCGAAGCCUUCUUAUAUGGGGGGCAGUUGGUAUGAUCGCAUCGCAACUCAUUGUAGGCGUUAUUGGCGUCACUGCCGGAAGGCUCGAGAAACACAACAAUUCCGCUGUUUCUGCGAUGAUUGCCUUUAUCUGCUUCAACAUCGCUUUCUUCUCAGUCACCUGGGGACCUGUCGCAUGGGUCGUCGUUGGAGAAGUCUUCCCCAUUCCGAUCCGCUCCCGAGGUGUUGGUCUUGCCACCUCCUCCAACUGGUUUUGGAACUGCAUCAUCGGCGUUAUCACUCCAUACCUCGUGGGUACAGAGAAGCACGAUGCAAACCUCGGUGCCAAGGUGUUCUUCAUGUGGGGAGGACUCUGCUGCAUAUCUCUCACAUUCGCAUACUUUCUCGUCCCUGAGACCAAGGGUCUCUCCCUCGAGCAAGUGGACCGCAUGCUGGAAGAGACAUCUCCUCGGACUUCCUCAAAGUGGGUGCCCCACUCUACCUUCGCGGCGGAUAUGGGUCUCGUUAACAAGGGCGGGAACUCAACGUCGGCUGAGGAGACGAUCGAAGUUAGCAAUGAGAAAUCCAUGGUUUGAGAAGCUUUAGACUCAUUGCAGGAGCGAUGCAGAGGUGAAUUUUGCAACGGGUGGUAGAAAACAUUUUCAGGGGAAGGUGGCAUAAGAUGCGCUCUACAUGAAAUCACGCACAAGUCACUUUGUAUUAAC